AUGAGAAUUCAAUACUUAUGGAGACAGAGGACUUUAUUUCAGUUGAUGACUCAUAGAAGAGCAUCAACUUAUAAUAAGAGACCAUUUUGGAGACGUCCAUGGCCUGCUGCAUUACUAGGGUGUGCAGUAGCAGGUACCGCAAUUAUAGCAUUUUCAAAGCCUUCACCGAUCGAUGCAAACUAUCCUGCAUCUGUUGCCAGACAUAUUCAUGAGGCACUUUACAGGCAAACGGGAUCGAGCUUACAAGAUUUCCAGCGAGCUUGGAAGGCCUACCAGUCUGCUAUUGAGCAGGCAGAAAAGGAAAAUAUGGACAUGGAAUCGGCUUCAAUUCAAGGAAUUCGACUGCAAAUGGCUAAUCUUCAGGAAUCAUCAGGAGGGUAUCAACUAGCUUGGAAGCUAUUCUGGGACAUUUUCAAGCGAACAGAAAGUUUGAAGGAUUUCACUGAACAGAGGGUUAUAAUUGCCAGUAAAAUCAUUGAGUUAUCGGAGCCCCUUGGUUUGCAGAUGGAAGCGGCGAAAGCUGCAGAUUUUAUUAUUCAGAGUUUGCUCCGCAAUGAAAUUAACGAUGAACCAGAAAAUAAGAGUCGUCUAUUUGAGCAGACUGCUACUCUAUACUUUCAGCUUGGAAAGCCUUCCUAUGCCGUUCCCUUAUAUUACCAAGCACUCGAAUUGACAAUGAACAAUCCGACUUGUCAUGGAUUGAUAUUAAUGAAUAAUCUUGCUACUAGCUUACUGGCUCAAACAGAUCAUAUUGAUAAAAAGUAUCACGAAAAACUACUUCAACAAUCUAGAGACUGGAGCCAAAAAGCUGUUGACUCAUAUCACUUUGCUUAUCCAAAGGAUCGCACAUUGGAAUGCCAUUCAGGAUGUGCUGCCGCUUUUUUUACUUUGGGACAGGUUGCAGAGAGAAAUGGAAAUGUCGAAAUGGCUAUCAAAAAUUAUCGCAAUGCUGAAUCCUUGCGGGCCCACGACCCAUAUAAUGAUGGGUCUAUGAUGGCUCACAUCGCAUUAGAUCGAUUAGACAAGAAUGCCUUCUUGCGACCGAAUGACGAUUAA